AUGCUGUUUAUCCUGAUCAUGCUCUCGUUUCUUCACUUGAUCCAAAGCUCCACGAUACAACUGACAGUGAUAUCAAAGGUACCAGCCGACACCGGAAGUACGAUACGAUGUUACUCCUAUUGCGUGGGUACGAUCGCGACUCAUAUUGCUUAUUAUGCGUCUGGUGAAUGUGAUUGUCUGAGAAGACCGUAUGAAAACGACUAUGUAGCACCGAUAACCCUCAGCUAUGGGUCUGAACAGUGCGCGGCGCUUGAGAAUAUUUCAAAAUUCACCUACGAUCUGACAAUGUACGGUGGUCGAGCGCUAACGGCUAGUCCAUCCGCCAUUUCUGGUGUCAUGCAGACGGUGGAUCCAUGGAUCGGCGGGCAGAGUGUCGAGACCACGGCAGCAACUAAUGGCGACAUAGAAGCGGCUGUCAAGAUACCGACU